UAUGAGUUAAGGAAGAGCGAGAAGAUGGGUGAAUGGCUAACUUAAAUACUACUCUCUCUCUCUCUCUCUCUCUAAAACAUUAAACCUUGUCCAUAAGUACAGACCAAAGUAACUGUAACCCAGUGUAUCUUUCCUUGGAUAAGGAAUGUGAGAUGGCAUAGAAUAAUCAUCAUUCACCGCUGUUGUUUCUUUCCAUGUAGCCCUCCCAAGGAACCACUCCUUAUAUUCGCCACCAAGGAGCCAAGUCAAGACACCAAGUGUUCCAUGGAAGUACUUGGGUUCACAACAGAGACUACUCUUUCUCAGACUACUUCAACCCUAUCAGAAACGCCUCAUGUGGUGGCCAAGCAAGAGUGCAUGAUGGUGUUGGAGGAGGCGGAGGAGAAGCAGCAGGAAGAAGGUGGAGAGCAACCCAAGUUCAACGAGGAGUUAUUGGACCUCAGCCUGUCCAACAAGGAUGCAGGGGAGAAGUCCCCGUCGUUGAGCACGAGCACGCCAGUGCUCGAGCUCAACCUCAUCGAGUCUUUGGGUGGUGCAGAGCCAAGCACUGCCUCGGGGGCGCUACCUCAUCGGGGGUCGCCGGAGUCGGAGCCCCGCGUGUUCUCCUGCAACUACUGUCGCCGCAAGUUCUACAGUUCGCAGGCGCUCGGCGGGCACCAGAACGCGCACAAGCGCGAGCGAUCCCUCACCAAGAACGGCGCCCGCCCUGGCGCUCGCCUCGGCGACCACCCCAGCCACAGGUUUCCGCCCAGCAUGGCAGCGCUGCCACUGCACGGCAUGUAUGGCGGGAGGCCUUUGGGAAUCCAGGUGCACUCGAUGAUACACAAGCCCUGCUAUGGCUCUUCUCUGAACGAGCGGCAACCUGGAGUAGGGAGGCUGAUGGCCAGGGAGGACUUCUGUGCAAGGACGUCGGCUCUGGCGGCGAGGUUUGAUGAGCCCCAGGCGGUGAUCGGAGGCCACCGGUGGAUUGACGCCGGAGACCAAGUCAUAGUAGGGAAGAAGGAGGUGCAGAAGCUUGACUUGACCUUAAAGCUCUAAAGAGUUGGUAGCAGCUCAGUCUUUGUGGUUGGGGAUUACCCUUUUUCGUUCUUCUUUCUUCUCUACCCUCGUUACUCUACUUUGUCACAGAUUUGUUUGCUCAGAUGCUGUCUCCUUUCAAUAAUAGUUCACCAUUGGUAAA